CCGCUCGCGCCGCCACUCUCUGCUCUGCCCAGUGCGAGCGCGUGUGCGAGCCCGCCCGCCCUGCCUUCCCUCUCCCACACUCUGACUUGGACAAGCUCGGGGAAAGCUUUCUGGAAAGGCGUCCGCUUAGCAGUCGGGUGGCUGAGUCCCGAGCGGCGGCCGGAGCAUGACCAUGACCCUGCACAGCAAAGCCCCGGGCAUGGCCCUGCUGCAGCAGAUGCAGAGCGGCGGCGAGCUGGAGCCGCUCAACCGCCAGCAGCUCAAGAUGCCCCUGGAGCGGCCCCUGGGCGACGUGUACGUGGACGGCAACAGGCCUGGCGGCGGCGUGUACGGUUACCCCGAGGGCGCCGCCUACGACUUCAACGCGCCCGUCGCGCCCGCCGUCUACGGCCAGGCGGGCCUCGGCGGCUACGGCCCCGGGUCCGAGGCGGCCGCGGCGUACGGCACCAACAACCUCGGGGGCUUCCCCCAGCUCAACAGCGUGUCUCCGAACCCCGUGAUGCUGCUGCACCCGCCGCCGCAGCUCUCGCCCUACCUGCACCCGCACGGCCAGCAGGUGCCCUACUACCUGGACAGCGAGCCCAACGCCUACGCCCUGCGCGAGGCCGGGCCCCCGGCCUUCUACAGGCCCAAUGCAGAUAAUCGCCGCCAGGGUGGCAGAGAGCGCGUGGCGGGCACCGCCGACAAGGCCAACCUGAUGGUGGAAUCAGCCAAGGAGACCCGCUACUGUGCCGUGUGCAACGACUACGCUUCCGGCUACCACUAUGGAGUCUGGUCCUGCGAGGGCUGCAAGGCCUUUUUCAAGAGAAGCAUUCAAGGGCAUAAUGACUACAUGUGCCCGGCCACCAACCAGUGCACGAUUGAUAAAAACCGCAGGAAGAGCUGCCAGGCCUGCCGGCUUCGCAAGUGCUAUGAAGUCGGGAUGAUGAAAGGAGGGAUACGAAAAGACCGACGAGGGGGGAGAAUGCUGAAGAAUAAGCGCCAGAGAGACGAUGCGGAGGAAACGAAGGAAGGGCCUUCUGGAGAAAUGAGAGCUGCCAACUUCUGGCCGAGUCCUCUCCUGAUCAAGCACACCAAGAAGAACAGCCCGGCCUUGUCCCUGACGGCUGAUCAGAUGGUCAGCGCCCUGCUCGAGGCUGAGCCGCCGAUUAUCUAUUCUGAGUAUGAUCCGACCAGACCGUUCAGCGAAGCGUCCAUGAUGGGUCUGCUGACCAACCUGGCGGACAGGGAGCUGGUGCACAUGAUCAACUGGGCGAAGAGAGUCCCAGGCUUCGUGGAUUUGAGCCUGCAUGACCAAGUCCACCUUCUGGAAUGCGCCUGGCUGGAGAUCCUGAUGAUUGGCCUGAUCUGGCGCUCCAUGGAGCACCCGGGGAAGCUUCUGUUCGCUCCCAACUUGCUUCUGGACAGGAACCAAGGGAAGUGUGUGGAGGGCAUGGUGGAGAUCUUUGACAUGCUGCUGGCUACAUCAUCUCGUUUCCGUAUGAUGAAUCUGCAGGGAGAGGAGUUCGUGUGCCUCAAGUCCAUCAUCUUGCUCAACUCUGGGGUCUAUACCUUCCUGUCCAGCACCCUGAAGUCUCUGGAAGAGAAGGACCACAUCCACCGCGUCCUGGACAAGAUCACAGACACUUUGAUCCACCUGAUGGCCAAAGCCGGCCUGAACCUGCAGCAGCAGCACCGCCGCCUGGCCCAGCUCCUCCUGCUCCUGAGUCACAUCAGGCACAUGAGCAACAAGGGCAUGGAGCAUCUGUACAACAUGAAGUGCAAGAACGUGGUCCCUCUCUACGACCUGCUGCUGGAGAUGCUGGACGCCCACCGCCUGCGUGCCUCCAACCGCGAGAGCGUCCCCAUGGAGGAGACCAUCCAGAACCAGCUGGCCACCACCAACUCCACUGCACCGCAUUCCUUGCCGGCCUAUUACAUCCCUGAGGAGGCCGAGAAUUUCCCCACCGCCCUCUGAGAGCUGCCUGGCUCCCCCCAGAUCCUGAGCCUCCCUCCCACCUCUGAUAUUCUACCAUGCCUAUUCUCGCAGAACUCUGCGCCCGUACACACUCCAGCAUGCACCCGCCCAUGGCUUUCUGCUAUGAGUGGCCGUUUCAUCUGCUUGCUCGGUUCUUAGUGGUACACCUUUGGGGAGCAGCCAAAGGGAUGCUCGGGCUAGAUUCUUUGUAACGGCUCUCUUUCUCCCUGUGCUACCUUUCCAAGCAUGAGGAUCCCUGUAGCUUCUCAUGAGUAGACUCGGUCUGCCAGAUGGGGUCCAGGUGACUCUGUAUGGAAACUACGUGCAGAGUCUCAGCCUGGAUAUCUCACUUCCAUGAAACGCUUUGAAGUGGGUCCGAGAAUAAGCCACUGGAAGGAAUUGAAUGAGGCUCUUCUCAUUGCUGGCUCGAAGAAAGCCAAGUCAGAGGUUCAUUCUAACGCUCUUGUAUUCCUAUAGUAAUGUGUCAUUCAAUUCAAUGCGUGGCUCUGCGACGUGGCAGGGGCAGAGUAUUCGGUGAUUGUUCGUUUCCCCUAUAGGAAUACAAAGUGCACACAGGGAAGGAAAAUCCGCUAAUUUCCAAGGCUUUGUUUGUCUAGUUAUUAUGCUGCACCUUGCUGAAAACUCUGCUAUUGACCUUUGAAAGCACUGUGUACAGGUCAUGGGAUCAAGUCAGUUCUUACUUCCCAGGUACCUAUGUUAGGAAAAAAGGAAAUUGAUUGCAACUGAGACUGCUAAUUAUAAUACUUUUGUU